AUCAGUUAAAAAUUUAUUGUUUACACAUCAAUAACAGUCUUUCUUCAAGCACGAGUUAAAAAACAUUGAAUAAAAUGACAAAGAUAAUUUUCAUCACAUUCCUUGCAUUAAUUGCAAUUGCAUAUAGUUCAGCGAACAGCGUUGGAAGUCAAAGCGAUGAAAUUCCAAUGGUAGAAGGCGAAGAAGCGAAAAUCAGCUCUUGUUCAGAGAAGUGGAUUCCUUUUUCUGUUAGAAACGCUGCUUGCAACACUUGGUGUAUGAAAGUUUUGAAAAGACCUGGCGGAUAUUGUGAUGGAAAAACAUUAAUUUGUACUUGCUACAAACCAUAAUAGGAAGACAUUUCAUAUUGAACCCAAUAAUAUCUGCUAACUUGAUUUUUAAAAAACGAACGAAUCCAAAAUUUAUAUUCAAAUAAGAGAAAUUGAAAUUGAAUAAAAUUUUAAUCAUGUAAAAAUUAUAUAUA